AGCUAUCUUCACCCGUAUUUAAGCUACGCUGCGCUGGUAAACCAAAAAAUGGCAGAACAACGCAACGAAAUUCGUUCACUUGCUUGUUUUUUCAAUGCAGGAAACGUCAAAGUGAAUAUCAACAGUGAAACGAAGUUACCUUGUAUGCAGUGCAAUGGAACAUCUGUAUCUGGAUUGAUGUCAAUAUGCACCUACCUGGCAACCACGGCAGGGAAGGCAGAGCUUGUUGGCAAGGACGCUAAGUCGAGGGCCCUCGUUGGCCAGUGGCUGGAGUAUAGGGUUACAGAGGUGGACAGGUGCCAUGGUGAAAAAGAUGAUAUUAAUGUUUUUAAGGAGCUGAAUUCUUAUCUUUCCACAAGGACCUAUUUUGUUGGUCAACAAUUUAGUCUAGCUGAUUUACUUCUCUACUAUGGUCUUCAUACUAAAGUUAAUGGGCUCACCUAUGAAGAGAAGGAAAAAUACCUGCACUUAUCAAGAUGGUUUGAUCAUGUUCAGAGACUUCAAAACACCAGGCAACACUUGACAGAGGUUACCUUCUCACUGAACAGAUUAUAUGCUGGAUAUAUACCUCACUGAUACCACCCAUUAUAGCAUAUUAUUAGGUAACUUAGCAAUAUGUAAUGGCACAAAAAGAUGCUUCCAGAAUGCAAAAUUCAUUAUACUUGGUGAUCUUUCGUAAUUCAAAAUUCUCUUUUGACAUAUCUUACUGAUAGUUUCGCUAAGACUACGCGUCAUUGAGAUGGUAUACAGUGGACCUCAGUAUAAAGAGUUCUGAUAUAACAAGGUAUCUGUUAUAACAAGGUGAUUUUGAUGGUCCCAGCUCUUUAUAUUCUUUUUUUUUUUACCCUGAUAUAACAGGAUUCCUGAUAUAACAAGGUAAUUUCAUUGGUCUAAAGGACCUGGUUAUAAUGAGUUUCCACUGUAUGCACCGUCCAGCUCAAUAUCCUAAUGAAGUUUUUCUACCUCUGUGUGCUAAAAUUAUGAUUGUCAAUCAUUAUGUACUUUGCAUUCCGGACGCUUCAGUUCGUGCCACUACAUUUCGCUAUUAAAGCUACCUUAAAGAGAUAGUUGCAACAUGCUUAUGUACAAACUCUAUGGGAGAGUACUGUUUUAGUGUGGAGCUCCAUGGAAAUGACUAACCAAUCAGAAUCCACUUCACAUGACGCAACUAUCUCUCUCAGCCGCUAUGAUAGAAUGCUGUAUGACUAAUUUAUUGGUAAUUCUAUAAAUCACUCAGCAUCAUUUACGUUUAGUUUAAUCUAUGUGUGAUUAUAUGAAACGCUGCCUCGGAUGGAGGAAAGGCUUUUUUUAACCCAUUUUAGUAUCAUUUGAUUUUUUAUAUAAUAAUUUGUUUUCAUAGAAUCCAGCUUAAGUUAACUUGGGCAUAGUAUUCAGUGGUUUAAUAGCCCUUACUACAUGAUUGACAUUCUCAAUAUUUGCCUUACGUCAAGUUACUUGGCAGAGAUUUAUCCUAUGUAUCUCGUAUAAACUUUAUAGUAGAAGGUAAACUGAUACUCAACAAUAUGGUAUUUCUAUCAUUUUUUGGGGGGUUAUUAUGUACUUACAUUUAUAUAAAUCAGUUUAUUUUUCAACAAAUGAAGGAAGUUAUUAUUUUCUAUCUUUGAUAUAACACUAAAUUGCAGGUGGUAGCUAAAGCAGGUCCGACUGUAUUACUGAAUAAAGAUGAAAUAAUUUCCCUGUAGGAACGGACACCAUCAUCAAACAUGAUUCUAAAAAACAAAUUAAUGUAGCUAAACUGUCAUGGAAGAUAUAGAGACGUGACUUUCUCUGUACGUGUCUUAUCAAGACUGCUGUGCCUCAGUAAGCAUAACCUUAUGGG